UGAAGGUGUUAAUAGUUUAGAAAUACGCAUUAUUAUAUUGGCUUCUUUUUUAACAUUUUAAUUAAUACAGUGGGGGCAUACCUUUAAGGUACUCAGAUCAGAUAAAGUGCUUCCAUACAGACCCUACCAAAAUGGCCACUUACACGCUUCACCAAAUAUUGCACAACCUUUGAUGUGUGUCAAAAAAGCGAGGAAGUGUUUCACGAAAUGUUCCGUUCAGUACGUUACGUUUUUAUUUCUGCUCCUUUCGGCCGGCUUUUUUCUGUUCCUAGUUUUGGCUCUCUGGCCCAAGCCCAUUUGAAUAACUCUCUGAUGCAGACAGUGCAAUGGUUGGACAUGGUGUGUUGAUAUGGAGUUUAUUCAAAAUGAAGUUUGAGCCGUCGAGGCUUCCAUCUUCACUCGGGCGCCGCGAAUUCACCCAAGUCCUCGGCUGCUGUCAGAGUCAGAAAUCCAGGUGUCUGCACCGCUGCCACUCUGUCCAGAAAAGUAAAGUGAAAGAGGAGACCCGGGAAAGGUCCGCCGCGCCCCGCGAGCCCAUGGGCGAGAAGGCCGAAGAAGAGCGCCGCCUGGUGGGCGGGGGAGGCCUGCGGGCGGCCGGAGAGGACGCGGACCCGCCCGCCGCGGCCCAGCGGGGCUCCAGGAAGAGCAGCGGCUCGCGCUCCUCCCGCAAGAGCUUCCGCCUGGACUACCGGCUGGAGGAGGACGUCACCAAGUCCAGGCGGGACAAGCACGGCCGGUUCGUCAACCCUUGGCCCACCUGGAACUUCCCCAGCUACUCCACCAUCUUCAGAUUCGUUGUACUGGAGAAGAACCACAGCAACAUCCCCAGCUCUAAAGAGGUCCUGGACAAGGAGUUGCCCGUGCUGGAACCCUACUUCAUCCGCAGCCCAGAGCUGGCUGGCAGGACGGGUUCGGGGCUGAGGGUCACCUGGCUGGGCCACGCCACCGUGCUGGUAGAGAUGGAUGGCUUGAUCCUUCUGACGGACCCCAUGUUCAGCCAGAGGGCCUCCCCCCUGCAGAUCCUGGGGCCGAAGCGUUUCCGGGGCCCCCCCUGCAGCGUGGCCCAGCUGCCCAAGAUCGACGCCGUGCUCAUCAGCCACACGCACUACGACCACCUGGACGCAGGCUCGGUGGCCAGCCUGAACGAACGCUUUGGCAGCGAGCUGCGCUGGUUCGUCCCCCUGGGGCUCCUGGACUGGAUGCAGAAGUGCGGCUGCGAGAACGUGAUCGAGCUGGACUGGUGGGAGGAGAACUGCGUGCCGGGCCACGACGAGGUCACGUUUGUGUGCACCCCCUCGCAGCACUGGUGCAAGCGCACGCCCAUGGAUGAUAACAAGGCGCUCUGGGGCAGCUGGUCUGUCCUGGGGCCCUGUAGCCGCUUCUUCUUCGCUGGCGACACUGGCUACUGCACGGUUUUUGAGGAGAUCGGGAAACGCUUUGGCCCCUUUGACCUGGCAGCUAUUCCCAUUGGAGCAUACUUGCCAAGAGACAUGAUGAGAUCCCAGCAUGUGGAUCCAGAGGAGGCGGUGCGGAUUCACAUAGAUGUUCAGGCCAAGCAGUCUGUCGGAAUCCACUGGGGGACAUUUGCUUUAGCUUAUGAGUACUUCUUGGAUCCUCCUGUUAAACUCAAAGAAGCGUUGGAGAGAUACGGACUGAACCAGGACAUCUUUUUUAUUUUAAAGCAUGGAGAAUCUAAAGAUCUGAAUGUUGAAGAAGAUGUGUUUGAAUGAAUAUCGAAUCAAAAAGACUGAUAUUGGGGGUUACACAUGCUUAUUUUCAUUAUUCUUAAAUGAAGUGAUUCAUGAUCAUGUAUAUACUGUCCUCCAAAAAUGACCUUACACCUACUGUACCAUUAUUAGAUUAAUACAAUGCCAAAUGUAAAAUGUAUAUAUUCAUAUUCACAAGCAGGGGUAAUACAAGAAUCAUCAAAAGAAGAACAGCUUCAUGUAUUUCACCAUAAGGCUGUUAAAAAUGUUCGUUUAGACAUGCAGCUAGUCAUUUUCUUAACUUUUUUUUUAUCCCACAGAGAUGGGUGAAAGAGUAACUAAUGUAAAGGCAGUUUAAAUUGGAACUGAAUUAUUUACAGCUGGUACUGAUGUUCUGGUGUGAGUGGUGCAGGGAACUUCUCUAUUCUGCCAAUUCAGUAUGAAGCAAAUCACCCAACAAACUACUGUAGUGAGCCUUUUCUAGGUGUCGUCAUUCAAUGAAAUGGAUAUAUUUCUUUAUGGGGAAAAAUGCCACAGCUAUUCUUUAUAUGGGGUCAUUAAUAUUAAGUCCCUAAUAGUGUACUUGACUUAUUUUGGGCUUUCUAAAAAUCUUAAACUUGUCAGUUUACAGUGUCAUACAUCCCUAAUUAUCUUACAAUAAAGCCACAUUCCUGGUUUAGAUGGGAAGCUAUGCUGUUUUUCAGUAACUGAACAAUCACUUAAUGCCCUAUUGGAAUUAUCCCUUAAGCUCUCGUGUGUUUUUAAAAGUGGUACUGAGCACUUACAUUCCUAAGUACUGUAUAUGUAUUCUUUUAGCUAAGAAACACUGGGAGUACUGCUGAAUGGAAAACUGAACCCAAGGACUGUUUUCCAUACUGUUGUAUGGAAAACUAUGAGAAACAGGACUGAGGAUGCAGAGAAGGUUUGUCUGACUUUUGUCUGAGUCUGUUUAUAAAGGGUCCCAGAAGAAAACCACAAGUCAGUACUUUUCUCCCAGUGGGUCCUGAAACACAUGUCUUUUCUGUUAGAUCACAUGUACACCAGGAGUUUCAAAUUGGGGUACAAGUGUUAAAAGGGCCACCUGUUGAGAGCAGUUAGAAGUUCUGACAUUAAAACCCAUCUGCUCCUAGGGAUUUUGGUAUGAACCUAUAAACCCCCUCACAAAAUGCUCUGCAUUCAAAAUUAUACCAGUGUAUAAUGUGCUUCAUCAGUUUGACGUUUUUGUAUUAUAGAUUUCAAAGUGUACAGGAGGAUUUAUUGCCAAUUUCAAAUGCUUGUCAAUUUAGCUAGGGCUGAGACUUUUUAAUUUUUAGUAUAAUUGUUCUAAUGAUUCAGCCAGGAAAAAAAAAAAGAUUAUGACCUUAAAUGCAAAGUGAGAGUCUAAUUGAAACGGAGAUGCUCUUGAAUUCGAAAUUGUAAUCUUGUGUAAUUUUCAGUUAAAAAAGCAAGUACAAUUUGUAAGUGCAGCUUGCUUCAUAAAGCUAAUAUUCAGGCAAUUGUACAUCAUUGACAUCUACAUAUCAGAAGCCACUGUUAAGGGUCAAAGCUACCUAGAGCCAUUCCUGAGAGCACAGGGCACAUGGUAAGAGCACACCCUGGAUGAGAGGCACGGUACAAACACACAAAUAUGGACACUUAAGAGGUCAUUUCUUAGGAACAAAAAUAAACACCUGGAGAAAAUCCGUGUGAUCUAGAGAGAACAUGUAAACUCCACACUGAAGGUUUUUCAGUCUCCAGGACUGAUACAACCCAAAGACUGCAAGGCAACAGCACUUAGUGUCACCCAUACCAGUGCACCAGAUGGUUAAAAAAUGUAUACUAAAAUAUGUAAUGAACACCUAGGGUCAUUUCAAAGGAUAAGAAGAGUACGAAUUUCUGUUAUGACAUGGGAGCAAAAUGCUCAUCUAAACAACUUAGGAAUAAUUGAGUACAUUUGCCAUAAAAUCUGUUUCAAACUGUUUUGGGAGAAAGCUUUUUAUAAAAUGUAAAUUAAUAUCCACUAUAUCAUUUAAAAGUUUCAUGAAAACUUAACUAUAUUCAACAUAAUUCAGGAAUCACUACAUUUUUCAAUGUUUCUCUCUUAGAAUUGCUUCAAAUUCUUACUCUAUUACGAAUGCUCAUGAAUGACCUUCCGACACAGAAUGUUUAGGUUCGUAAAUUUAUAAUGAAUAAGAUUUAGAAAGCAUGAAGUUAGAAGAAAAUUUUAGUACUACCCCCAUACUCCUGAUCUAUUUUGAUUAAAACUUUUUUUUUAACCGAAAGUCAUUAGUGUUAAAAAUGAACUGUCUGGAGCCUCGGUUUUUCGUUCUGCUUUGAAUUUUGAAGUUAUGAGUGCUAUGACAUUUGCAGUGUACAAUAUGAAUGUAAAUAAGGCAGUAUUUCAUUGUAUAGAGUAUUUUAGCACAAUCUGAGCUUUUGUAUUUGUUGAAAAUAAAAAAAACUCCAUACUUUG